CGCAGGCCGAUGCUCUAUCCACUGAGCCAAACCGGUUUCGGCACACUUUACUUUUUAUUAGUGAAAUAUUCAAACAUACAGGAAAUACACAUAAUCUUGAUAUUUGAAACAAGUCACAUGUUUGUGUUAUUUGCACUUAAGUGUUAUUUUUUUCAGCACUUAGUGUUUCGAAAGUAAAUUGAUUUCAUCCAAAGUAGUUUCCACUUAAUGUUCCUGAAAUAAUAUUUUCUACUUAAUGACAAUGCCGUUGUCACCCCUAAUGUUUCCCAGUUUCUUAAGUGCUGUUGGCGUGGUCUCAAUCCCUGAAGGAGAGUGGCCUUGGGGCCCGGUUGCCAAGGGACUGGGGCUCCCAUGAUGUUCAGCAUUGGGCUCCGAUCACCCCUGAGGACACAGUCCCUCCUGGGACCUUUAACACACGGGGGUCCAAGUGGUCCCCCCAGACUGUUUCUUUACAUACUCUCACUAAGUCCUUCCCUGUUUCGGGUGUCUCUUCAAGCUGAGGGGCCACCCACCACCACCCCAUCUUGGUGGUUCCUCCAGGAGUCAACAGCCCCUCCCAUCCUUGCUGUGACCAUGGCCGAGAACAAUAUGGGGCCAGCACACCGCUACUACACAUUCACUGAGCUCCUGGCCAUUGCACAGCACUUCAAGCAGAAGCCUGAGGAGCACAUGAUCGCCUGGAUCCUGCGGGUGUAUGACCAAGGCGGCUUGGCCCUGGCCCUAAAUUCCCAGGAGCUGGCACUGCUGGGUAACCUGACCAGCGACACCAUCUUCAACUGCCUCUGCAAGGGUUUGCAGGGCAGCCGCAAGGCGCUACUCACCUGGCUGCUGCAGGCCUGGCGCCAGUACUGGCCGUCCAUCCUACACAUUGGGAUGCCCUUUUUAUCCUGUGUCAUCAUGGAGCAUUGCAUCCUGCUGGUGCGCCUGAUGGGCAUGCUGGAGUGGAUAUACCAUGAGCCUGCAUCUGAGCAGGCACCAAAGCCUACACCUGAGGACAUGCCCUUCACACAGAACCUGCAUCAGCACCUGCUGGCCCAGGCCGUGCCCCAUUUGCAGCAGUCGCUGGUCAACCUGCCACUCAAGGACAUGACAGUGCUGAAGGUGGUGAUGGCGAUUUCACGGCUGAAACCUUAGGGCUGAUUUCAGGGCUGGCUCCUGAGCCAUGGCGUGUCCAAGGAGAAGGUGGGCAAGCAGUCCAUCAAGGAGGCCACACGUAGCUGCAGCCUCCCAACCUCAAGGCUGGAGGAAAAGCAGCACUGGCCCUUCCCCCCACACACACACACAA